AUCAACUUUUUUUCUGAUAACGGUAAAAUUCCAAGGCGGUGAAAAUCCGGAUCAUCAGUAGAUCCGGAUUGAUGUGCAAACCGUGCAAACAAAUCAAGCUCCCCGCGACGCGUCCACCCAGCGAAACACGUCCCGAAGAGGUAAAAUGACUGCUUCCACAGCUUGUCGAUAUCGUUACGCGGUUUGAGCUUCACGCAUAUAUUCGAGACUCAGACACAACAAUGGACUACGGCUAUGGGGGUGCUUCAUUCGGAGGUGGCGGCGGUGGCUUCGUGCCCGGAGAAACAACCAGUCCAUCUGGUGGAAGGUCAGAGGCAAACAACACAACCCUCCGCCCAGUAACAAUCAAACAAAUCCUUGAUGCCACCCAACCCUUCCCCGAGGCCAACUACACAAUCGACGGGCAAGAUGUCUCGAGCAUCGUCUUCGUCGGCCAGGUUCGCAACAUCAGCACGCAGGCAACAAACGUCACAUACAAGCUCGAUGACGGAACGGGCGAAAUCGAAGCAAAGCAGUGGGUUACUCCCAGCGAGGACAUGGACACAACGGACGACCUGGGCAAGGAAGGGAAGGACCGUAAUGGUGUCGACGUCAACGGAUAUGCGAAGGUGUUUGCCAGACUAAAGUCGUUGAUGGGCGACCGUAAGGUUCUUAACGCGCAUUGCGUGCGGCCGUUGACGGAUAUCAAUGAGUUGCAUUUCCACUUCUUGGAAUCUGCAGCGGUGCAUUUGUUCCAUACGCGGGGCCCACCGCCGAGUGCCGGAGGUGCUGGUGGAACUGGUGCUGGUGCUGGUGCUGGUGGUGAUGCGGCGAUGGGGGGACUUGAUGGGACGGGUGGAGCGCUCCCAGCUAUGACUCCAGUCGCGAAAAGGGUGUUUAACCUGUUGAAGACGGAGCCGCAAACGAAUGAGGGCUUGCAUGCGCAGCUGAUUGCAGCGAAAUUAAGCCUUCCUCCGUCGGAUGUGGUGGGGGCAGCUCAUGAGUUGAUAAAUGCUGGGUUGAUCUUUUCGACUAUUGACGAUGACACUUAUAGUGUUUGGUAGAUUUCUGUCAUCCAAGUAUCAAAUGAAUGAUUUCCACGAAUCUUAUACCGGCUGAAUCAAAAAAA